AUAUGCUAAUCUAUUUACGACUUUGCAGAAUACUGUCGUGUCUUGACAGGGAACAGAAGUGUGCCAUACCGAUCUAAAAGUCUUCUUGGUAAAGGACCUAAACCAGCAACAUAGUCCUUACAACUUCCCUGCAUAGCCUGAAUUUUCUUUGGAUGUUCGUGCAUAAUUGCCACAGUGAUGAAAUAUUAAUACCGACGUAGUGUAUACUUCAAAGCAAUAUUACAACUCAGCAAGCAAAACACGAAACUAACGAAUUUGUGGUAAGGUUUUUUCUGAAUCGUUUCUUUGUAAACUAUUCCAUGGCAUUUAACAGCACGGUACUUUUUGACAACAGUUCAAUUUCUUUGCCUGAUCACGAUGUAGCUUUCGCAGUCGUGUACUCCUUUAUCAUUGUCAUUGGCAUUCCAGCUAACUGUGUGAUAAUCACCAUUGUUCGAAAGACGCCUUCAAUGCACACCACAACAAACUAUCUCCUGCUAAAUUUGGCAAUCGCCGAUCUACUGACGCUGAUACUAUGCCCGGGUAGCUACGAGUACCUUCUCACCAAAGUGCAUUUCGACAAAACAAUUGGAGAUUUUGUCUGCAAAGUCUUCGCGGGAAAUGCAUUUAUUCCGAUUACGAUGAACGCCGCUGCCUUGACAGUUAGCACAAUAGCCGUGGAGAGAUACUUGGCGCUUGUCAGACCCUUUGAAACUGGUUUAAGACUGACUGAAAAACAACUUCCUUACAUAGUUGCUUUAUUGUGGACAUUGUCCGUUUCGUCCUGCGUUCCUGACUUGUUAUCAAAUACUGUGGACUCAAAUCCUCACUCAGGCUAUCCGUGCAAACGACCUUGGAGAGUUGACGAAUAUUCUCAUCACGAAGGCUUUAUAACGUUUACUAGUAUUGUCUUUGGAAUUGUUCCAACCGUUCUAGUAAUUUUCUGCUACUUCGAACUUUUCCGUGGAUUUUUCAUCACGCAUACAAUAUGUGCGGCAGCUUUGCAAGGUUCAGGCAAUCAAGUGUCGGCAGAACAUCGCUCAAAAAGACAACUCUUUAUGCUUCUUUUGUGGGUUAUGCUCCUAUUUUGCGUUUGCACUUUGCCAUUUUCUUUAUUCUUUAUAUAUUUAACCACUAUCGACGAAGAGACCGCUGCAAGUGACCGCCCUCGCCUGUUUUUAAUUCAUAGAACCGUUCGCUUUCUUCUAAUCGCCAAUUCAUUUUGCAAUCCUCUCAUUUACGCGUUUCAAAGCUCGAACUAUCGACAGGGAUUCAAACGAAUUUUCUCCAGUAAACUGUUUCCCCAAAGAAAGGCAAGGAAACACAAAAAUAACAGAGAUUCAAAUGAAUUUUCUCCUGCAAACUGUUUCCCCAGAGAAAUGCAAGACCACAAAAAUUUCACUAUAGAUAAAUAAUGCCGACUUUGCCAAAGUCGUUUUUUUUUAAACAGUUUUAAUGACAAACAUCACCUACAUGAAUGGCAACGAUGAAAGGUAGUUUUGAUCACGGCAGGUACUCUCUAGAUAAAAACAAACUCUGGAGAAAGAAGAGGAUUUCUGACCAUUGCAGUGAAAUCAUUAAAAAGAAGUCUUUCGAUUUUGCCGUGUUUUUUUAAAGGCAUUAAAAUCCAAGUUCGAAACUCAUCUCUCCCCUUUUUCUUCUCCUUUUCUUCGGUUUUUUGUAUUGUUUUCGCUUUUAGCAAUUUUUUUAAAAUUGUCUUAAACGUCAGCUGUUUAAAUAUUGAUAUAAAGACCAUCCUCAAUGAAAUGUUAUCUUGAGGACAUACAAAACCAACUUAGCUCUUUAGAACGAAUAUAUCCUUACUUAAGGCUACAGCUAAGUGCAUCUCUAUUAACUCUCCAUAUUAAGCUCACUGCCUGAUUCAUUCGUUAACAACAAGCACACGAAAACCGAUAGUUCUCAAAAAGCAAGCGAUGUUAGAGUUCUUAGCUGUUUUUUAGGUUUAACUAAUAUUUUAUUAUAUUUCUAGACGUUUUUCUUAAGUAAUUCGUAAAUAAAAAGCACUGUCGUGAGUUUUAAAUUUAUUUUGGUUUUUUUUUUUUGCUUUGAUCAUUUACGCUAAUUGUUUGGUUCGUCUGCAUGUUUAAAACAGUAACUUAGUGAAGCAUAUCUACGUAACCCUUAUAUUGACUUGACUGCACAGUAAAAC